AUGUUGUGGCGACGCUACCUGCCUUAUAUUGAAAAAAUGAAGCCUAUGUCUGACUUGUGUGCCACUUGUAAAGAGAUAAGUGGACCGAUUGUAAGAAGUGCUAACAUGCAAUCAGAUGAAAGGAUAACUGAGGUAAGUCAGUAUUAUCACAGAAGUCUUGUUAAAAAGGAAAGGGAGUACUAUAAGGAUGUAUUAAAAGAGGCACAAUUAUUGUUAAAAGGGCUGUAUACUGAUGCAGCAAACAAUUACAAUCCCCCACUAACAAGGCCACUUGCUAUGUUAAAUAUUGUAGCACAUUAUAGCUUUGAUUAUGCUCAACAGGUUCACUAUCCUUCAAGUCCACUACAAGCAGGUCCAAUUUAUUUUCUUACUCCCAGGAAAUGUGGCAUAUUUGGCGUGUGCUGUGAAGCUAUCCCUCAGCAGGUUAAUUUCUUGAUCGAUGAAUCAUUCGACACUGGUAAAGGGGCAAAUCCUGUCAUAAGCAUGGUACAUUUUUAUUUGAAGAAUCAUGGCCUCAACUCAGUCAGUAUCCAUUUCAAUGCUGACAACUGCACAGGGCAAAAUAAAAAUAAUACAGUUAUUCAAUACCUCUUAUGGAGAGUCAUGACAGGACUCAAUGCGUCCAUUUCAAUAUCUUUUCUGCCAGUUGGACACAAAAUUUUCUCCAGACUGGUGCUUCGGACUGUUAAAGCAAAAAUUCCGUAAAGCAGAGGUGGACUCAUUGGAUGACUUCAUUCAAGUUGUAGAACAAUCAUCUGCUGUGAACAAAGCCCAACCAGUAGGAAGUAGCAAUGGUGAACUCAUUGUAGAAACACUUGACUGGUGUAGUUACUUUGCUACAUUAUUCAAGAAAAUAAAAGGCAUCAAAGGCUUUCAACACUUUGUUGUAAAUGCGACCUCACCUGGUGUAGUUGCAGCCAGACAAGCUGUAGAUGGCCCAGUCACACAAUUCAAUGUGCUGAAGGAGGACGCUCAAAUAAUGGAAGAUGAACUACCUAAUAUAUUACCACCAAAGGGUAUGUCAACUGAAAGGAAAUGGUACCUUUACGAAAAGAUAAGACCGUUUUGCAGAUACGAAUGUAAAGAUGUAACCUGCGCACUUCCUGAUGCACCUCGACUAACAGGAUCAUCUCGACAAUCAACUCCAGGUGUAGAUGAUCCACCAGACCUCACAAUGGAGAUUGAAGUACCACAUUCUCCAAGGCAAUCUCUAGAACCACCUGCAACACAAAGAAAAUGUGGUAAUUGUGGUCAAUUUGGUCAUAAUAGAAGAACUUGUCCAUGUAAUCAGUAAAUGAAUAACAGAAAUGAGUUUGUGUAAUGCACAUACUAUUGAUCCCCUUUCAACAGGAGAGGAAC